AUGAUCAUCGGAUCCCCGUUUGACGGCCAGGGCGGAAUCCUGGUUCAUGCUUCCAGACCACCACCGGGCGACGGAAGCCUUCACUUUGAUGCAGACGAGAGAUGGGUGGUUGGAGCUGUACCAGGCCUCGUCAAUGGCACAAACCCUCAUAUAGUCUCCCAUUAUUCUUUCUUCCCCGACAAGUCGAGAAGGCCAGAUUCUGAGCUUCACCUCACCUACGAAUUCCCAACCGGUAACCAUCGUGAGGCCGUGAAGGCCAUGUCACAAGCUUUUCAGAAAUGGUCUUCGGUGACAAAAUUCAAAUUCCAUUACACUCGAAACUACGAAAAUGCAAAAUUGAAGAUUGGUUUCUAUAGGCGUGACCACGAGGACAGAUCCCCAUUUGACAGCCCCGGCGGAGUCUUGGCUCAUGCUUUUGGACUGGGCAAUGGAAGGCUUCACUUUGAUGAAGAUGAGAGGUGUGUAGUUGUAGCUGUACCAGGUGCAUUUGGCAUUCGGAAAGUUGGCUUGCGUGAAAUAGGGCACGUCCUUGGACUAGGCCACAGCACAGUUGAAGCUCCUAUCAUGCGGCCUUAUGUUCCUGAUGGUGCAACCAAAGAUUUGGAUGAGGAUGAUAUCCAAGGAAUCAAGAUCUUAUAUGAUCUUAUGAGGAUUUACUGUGGAAUUGGACCCUAG